AUGCAGUCUGCGGGCCUCAAGGGUCCCCAUGCGCAUGGCUGGCGGCCUCUGCUGCGUCUACUGCUUGUGCUGCUGCUGCAUCAGCCGGUAACCUGCGCCCAGACCACAACCGGCGCCCCCAGUGCUCCAUCCACGCGGGGAACCCCCAGCACCCAGAACCUGCGGGAGCACGUGCAGGCCCUGAUGCGGAACUUCCUUUUGGUGGACGGCCACAAUGACCUGCCCCUGGUCCUGAGACAGCUUUUCCAGAACAGGCUACAGGAUGUUAACCUGGGCAAUUUCAGCCGUGGCCAGACGAGCCUGGACAGGCUUAGAGAUGGCCUCGUGGGUGCUCAGUUCUGGUCAGCCUAUGUCCCCUGCCAGGCCCAGGACAUAGAUGCUGUGCGCCUCGCCCUGGAGCAGGUUGACCUUAUUCGCCGCAUGUGCACCUCCUAUCCUGAGCUGGAGCUGGUGACCUCAGCUGAAGGUCUGAAUAGCACUCAAAAGCUGGCCUGCCUCAUUGGCCUGGAGGGUGGCCACUCACUAGACAGCAGCCUAUCUGUGCUGCGCAGUUUCUAUCAGCUGGGAGUGCGCUAUCUGACGCUCACUUUCACUUGCAGCACGCCCUGGGCAGAAAGUUCCACCAAGCUCAGACACCACUUCUACACCAAUGUCAGCGGGUUGACAAGCUUUGGUGAGAAAGUGGUAAAGGAAAUGAACCGCCUGGGCAUGAUGAUAGACUUGUCUUAUGCAUCGGACACCUUGGUGAAGAGGGUCCUAGAAGUGUCGCGGGCUCCUGUCAUCUUUUCCCAUUCAGCGGCCCGGGCUGUGUGCGACAGUUUGAUGAAUGUUCCUGAUGAUAUCCUACAGAUUCUGAAGAAGAAUGGUGGCAUUGUGAUGGUGACAUUUUCCAUGGGAGUGCUGCAGUGCAACCUGCUUGCUAAUGUGUCCACCGUGGCAGAUCAUUUUGACCACAUCAGGGCAGUCAUUGGAUCUGAAUUCAUUGGGAUUGGUGGAAAUUAUGAUGGGUCUGGCCGGUUCCCUGAGGGGCUGGAGGACGUGUCCACAUACCCAGUACUGAUAGAGGAGUUGCUGAGUCGCGGCUGGAGUGAUGAAGAGCUUCAAGGCGUCCUUCGAGGAAACUUUCUGCGGGUCUUCAGACAAGUGGAACAGGUGAGAGAGGAAAACAGGGACCAGAGCCCCAUGGAGGCUGAGUUUCCAAACAGGCAUCAGAGCAGGCCCUGCCAUUCUCACCUCCUGCCUCAGUUUCAUCAUGGACACCUGACUUCACACCUGGAGGCGACCAAGUGGCCAAGAAGCUGGGUACUCCAGAAGUCCUCAAAGGCCUCCCCAUACCUUGUUCUAGGUCUUGUGGCUGCUGGCACUUUCCCAAUCCUCAUUCAGUGGCUUUACUGA